UUUCAGUGUGGUAAAGAGCUGGGUGAGACGUUAUUGAAUCUCUCUCGAGCAUGGGAAUUGGCUGAGACAUCAACUUCUUAUGCUUUAGCACGCAAGCUUCCCGUGCUGGAGAGCUCUUUGUCUGACAGGGAAAAUUUAGCAUUUGGCAAACGUCUGAUAUCUUCUGGAAGGAGGUUCCAGUCCAUGGGGCAGUAUGGCCAGGGGGAAUUACAGAAGAUUGCAAAAGCAAUGAUUACAACUGGAAAACUUCUAUCUGCAACUUCAGUGUCUACAGCAAUAGAUGAGCAACCUAAGACAGAAGCAAGGGUACUGAAGUUUGGAGAGCUUCAGGUAGAAGUAACACCGGAUAAAGCCAAUAUUGGGGCUGCAAUUGGAUUUGUUUUCGGUAUCCUUUCAUGGGAACUUGCUCAAGGUAUCCAGAGCGUCCCGGACAGCUCAUUGCAGUAUGCAAAUGACAAUGCUUUGCUUCUGGCUAAGUCACUGAGGGGAGCUUUGCUGGCACUUUGCUAUUCAUCGACAGUUUUAUCAGCUUUUACAACUGUUGGAUUGCUUUUACUUGGUAAACAACUUGAGUCCAAAGAAAAAUGACUUUCUUGGCUCUGCCAUUCGUGUAAUUUUCAUUGUAAAUUGCAAACUCCUCCUCACUGGUUUUUCCCUUUUGUUUUGUUUUGUUUUUUUUAAAAGAGAGAGGUUGAGGGUAAAUAUUGUAAAAGUAAAUAGACUCUUUUCAUCUCCUUUUCAAUGCCUGCCUGAGAGCCUCUGUGAAUGUUUUGGAAUUGGGAUGUUCACCUUUUGUAACAAGUAGACCCACGAUAUGGAUUAAUAGAUGUUCUUACUCGUACUCGAAAGUGAGAUCUAUUCUUAGUUGGUCAGUCUCUAAGAUUUUCCUUUUGUAACAAGUAGACCCACGAUAUGGAUUAAUAGAUGUUCUUACUCGUACUCGAAA